UACACUAUUUUCGUCGCCUUCCUGGUCUUCCUGGUAAGGAUUCAGUCUAUCACCGCCCUACGAUGUUUAAGUUGUAAUGGUUUCAUUCAACCACACCAGUGUUCCAGUAUCGAACUCUGCCAUGAUGGAGACGUAUGCGUAACUGAGUCUUACCGAGGCGAGAAUGGAGAAACCUUGUUUUACGUUGGGUGUGCGUCUGCAAAGAGAUGUGCACUAACCAGCCGUCAUUAUCGCUUCACUGACAUCCUUCGGAUAUAUACCAUCAGAACUCCUCCGCAUCCUUUGUGUACCGAGUGCUGCCACAAUGACCUGUGUAACGCUGCGGGCUGUCGAAUGGAUGGAUUUCCAAAACAAAGAGGGCCGGUAUGUUUAGAUUGUCCGCAAUCACGUUACCCUGCUGAUUGUGACGCUAUAUCUGUUUGUCAACAAGACGAGGUUUGUUACGUUGAGGAAACAUUCAAGCUCGGCGAUAUCUUCUACAGAACAAGCUGCUUACCGAAUACCGAUAAACGAUGUGUUCCACCUACAUAUAACCCGGUGGAGGUGGGCAAGCGGUCAGACCAACGUGGAACCUGUUUUUUCUGCUGCCCGUAUGAUCUCUGUAACACCAAAUGUCACCCUUCCUCGUCGUCUUUACUAACAACGUUACCGUCGACAACACCAGCUCCAGAAACUCACGAUUUCAAAGGGAAGACUUUUUUCUUGAUGUUCAUGAGAAAUUUUGAAUAUGGCUACCUCUUACAAAAACUGAGUGUUGAUGUAACAUUAAUGGCUACCAAUGCACAUAUAGAGGUGAUCACACGAUAUAACUCAACAUCAAAACAUUUAUCUGGUCCAGCCAAACAUAUUGAAAUAGACGCGAACAUGACCAUGCGAGAAAAUGGCAAGACAGGCAAAGGGGUCAUUCUGACAUCUAACACAUCGAUGUCUGCCACUGCGUUCAACUUUUAUCAAACUGGAUCAGGGGACGGGUACCGUGCUUUACCUAUAGAACAUCUUGGUGACUCCUAUAUCGUUGGAACAUUCAGGCCAAAUGAUAAACAUUCUUAUGAACGGUAUGGAACUUCCUUUGCUGUAGGAGCGCCGUUUGUCAACACAGUGGUCAAUAUCACCCUCAGUACAUCAGGCGUGUCUGUUCCUGGUCAGUAUCACAGGGAGGGAGAUACAAUCACCGUCGUACUGGACAAACUGGACACGUUCUAUAUAGAAACAACAACAAGUAUUCAGGACCUGACAGGCACGCGUAUCGUUAGCAAUAAACCAGUAGCAGUCAUAUCUGGUAAUGUCUGUUCUCACGAAGAAGGGUGUAACCAUCUCAAUGAGUAUCUGCCGCCCGUGUCAAAAUGGGGUUCCAGGUUCAUUGUACCACCUAUUAUGAGAAGUACCAGUGGUAUUAUCAGGAUUGUCCCGUCGGUCAACAGUACGAGUGUCAUUGUCAAUUCUAAUACCCUGAAUAAAACGUAUACUAUCUCAACCUUCAUUGAUAUAGAUACGGAUCCAACCCAACCAUACAGCAUUUCUAGUGAUGAACAUGUUCUUGUUCUGCUGUUUUUUAAUGAGAUCAAAGUUGGGAUGUCAGUUGUCCCGUCAAUUAACCAGUUUUCAAAUGAACCAGUGCUGGUAACGCCUCCUAUUUUUUUUUACCACGGUAACACUCCCUCUGAUAACUAUAUUGUUGUCAGUAUCCGGACUAGCGACCAGUCCGGUUUACAGAUUCGCUCCACUAACGGGACGGACUUGACUCGCGUUGGAUCAGUGACUUUUCCUGGUGUUGAUGGUGAGAUGUUUAGCUUCAUAUCUGUCAACUACAAACAAACGUGUUCUGUUCAGCAUAGGGAAAACAACGUGGCCUUCAGUGUUAUAACAUAUGGGUUUAGAAGCUAUGAAACAUACGCAUAUCCUGCAAAUCUCUGUUUGUAAACUCAGUUGUAAAACAAAUAAAAUAUUUUUUGCUA